AUGAGUGCCACAUGGGCAGAUAUACAGCGUUUGGCUGCUGAUUUUCAACGAUUACAGUUGACAGAAAGCUCAAAAAAACUAUCAGAAAAUAACUGCGUGGAGUUGAUGUCGAUAUUAAUCAACUCAAAAGCUAUCGAUAUUCUGUUCACAACUGAUGGCAAAGAGUAUGUUACUCGUAGUCAUUUAUUGAAUGAAGUGAAAAAUGAAUGUAUCGGUCGAGAAGGUCGCGUUUCACUAUAUGAUUUGGCGCAUACUUUGAAUGUCGAUUAUGAAUACAUUGAAAGUGCUGUGGGUUAUAUAGAUGUGUUGUGCAAAAGUCUGAAUGAACGAUUAAUGGACGAUGGUAUAGUUUCUGUAUCGCAGUUAGCAAAAACAUGGGAUUUGCCAGCUGAAAUAGUGAAUAGCUUAGUUCUGGUGGAAGUUGGCUCGAAGGUUGAUGCAAUACGUGAUGGUGAUGCACUUUAUACUCGAUCUUAUUUAUCUGCUCAACGAAAUAUCCUUAGAGCUAUGCUUUGUGGAUUAACCAAAGUGACACCAAUCACUAGACUGCAGGCUGAAUUACAGUUAACAAAUGCGAUGUUUUGGUCACUUUUUGAUGAGCUGGACACAAUGAAAGAGGUUCCGGGAAAAAUAGUUGGUACUCGUACUUCAAAUCACUGUUUAUAUCAUCCCAAUAUUUAUACAGUUCUGGUUAAGCAGUAUAUACUAAAGACAUUUUUGCAAGAGGGAAUGUUGAAGUUAGCAGUGUUCAAAAAACUUUCCGUGGUAGAGCCAAAAGUUUAUAUGAAAGAAUUAUUGGAAAAUACGGUGCAUUCGAAAUUAAUAUAUUUUCCAUCCGCUAUUAUGAGCAUCAAACUUUGGGAAGAAAUUGAAGCAGCUGUGAAAGAGGAGAUGAAUUCUAAAUCGGUUGUUGAUGUCCGAUUGCAUAUUCCAGAAAUUGUUCAAAGUAAAACAGAUAUUGAACACGCGGUCUCUUCUUUAAUAAAAAAUAACGAGGAUUGGUUAUUUGUGUCUGGUACUUCUUAUCUCUAUAACCGCCAGCUUCACACAUAUGCAAUGAUAGCUUUGGAUAACUUGAUCAAUACACGAGCUGAAGAAAUCACUUCCACUUGGGGUAAACAAAAACCUUCCAAAAAGUCGGAAAAGAAGCAAGAUGAAGACUGGGAUAUAGCGAAGAGCAAGAAAACUAGAGGUGGAAAAGGAAAAAUAGUGAGACAGAUUCUUUCUGAAGAGUCGACUUCAGAGCUGCUAAUUACAUUAUCAGAAGAGGAAAUUAUCAAGGAACUGAAAAGAACAAGUGAUAUACCAAAUGAACUGCUGGAGGAUAUUACUGAUCAUAUACGAACGAAAGCAGAAACUUUGUUAAAAACUCGAACGGAAUUAUUGUUGCAUAAUGUGUGGACCACAUCCGUACAAGAUCAAAAACGUGCUCAUGCACAGUUACGGGAAACAUUGUCUGCACUUUAUGAUAACAUUUGUAUUUUCGAAUAUGGUGCAUCUACUUUUGAAGAUACGGUGGCUGAUAAUCUCAAGAUACAUCUUCUUCGCACAUUAUGUACAUGUUUUGCAAAUAAUGUGUUAUCUUAUAUAUCGAGAAAACAAAAUAUUGAUACUCUUAACGCAAAGGCUCGAAGUGAAACGAUAGCAAAUAUUGAAAGUAUGGAAAGUCGUAUGGCCGUUGAGAAAUUAUUCGUAGCUUUAUCAAAAAAGGAUCUGGAAGCAUUCCAUGAUGCAGUAUUUGGUGUUUGUUCAUCAGCCGUUUGCGCCUUAAAUUUAAAAGUGCCUGACAAAAAACAACGUGUGGAAUUGAUCAAAACCUAUGAAAAUCAAUUAGUAAGCCAAUUACGGGAGUGCACAGAUGCACCUUCCGGUCUUCUCUUAACACUUUUAAUAUUGCUGGCAAGAAAUGAAAAAAUCGCGGUGCACGCCUCAGGAAAAUUUGUUUCACACUUAAUUGCAAAAGUAGAAAAGCAUCCCGAAACAAGUGUGGAGCUUGCUGAGUUAUUGACGAGCUCUCAAAAAAUGAUUAUUUCCAGUAUGCAUUUAAAAGACGACGUAAAUCUGACGGCAAAGUUGAAUGAGAAAUUACUAGCAUUAAUUGCAGCUGUAAAUGGUUUUGAAUAUUUGGAGAAACCAAUGUUUGAAACAAUGUAG